CGCUCCUCACAACUCGAAUCUUUCCACUCCACCUUUGCAAUUUCCUCUCUCUUUCCACCUCUAGAAUAUUUUUGUCUUUUCCCUUUUUAAAUUUAGCUUAGUCGUCUUAAACUUACCAACUCUUUUUAGUUUCCAUAUUCUUGUUCAUCCAGCUUCAACUAGAGGGUGCUGCUUUUCCCUUCUUGCUGCCAUGUCUUUCCGAGGACUAAGUCGAUCAAAUACCAUGUCUGGCAUGGGCGUGUCUGCCCACAGCAAGAACACAUAUAUGGAAUUGCAGAGGAAGAAGGCUCACCGUUAUGUGAUAUUUAAGAUUGAUGAGAAGAAAAAGGAAGUUUUGGUUGAGAAAAUCGGUGCCCCAGCUGAGGGUUAUGAUGAUUUCACUGCAUCUUUACCUGAGAAUGAUUGUCGAUAUGCUGUAUAUGACUUUGAUUUUGUGACUUCUGAGAAUUGUCAAAAGAGCAAGAUAUUCUUCAUUGCCUGGUCUCCCUCAACCUCAAAAAUCCGAGCCAAGAUGCUAUAUGCCACAUCUAAGGAUAAGUUUAGACGGGAGCUGGAAGGUAUCCACUACGAGAUUCAGGCGACUGACCCUACAGAAAUGGAUCUUGAAGUGAUUAAAGACCGUGCUAAUUGAGAAGUCUGCAGUUUGCUGUGACUUCCUGGGCAGAAAAACCAUAUCCACUUGGGGUUACAACUGAUGAACUUUUGGUCCUUGCUUCAACGGGCUAUAUUCAACAUUUAAGAAGAAAAAUAGUAUAUGAGUGGUGCUUGAAUAACUGGCAUCUGCUGGUGAAUGUUGGCUCCUUACUGUUUACCGCUCUCAGAACAUAUUAUCAUAUAGAUUUAUCUACUACCAUUGUUUCUCUUUUCA